CUACAUGCUAAAAUGCAUAAGGUUUUUUUUAUUAUUACAAGAUAGAAAAUACUCAUGUAUACAAUGAUUAUUGUUAAUCAUGAAGAUAUCAUUUCUUCUCCAAAAUCUAUUUUAAUAAACAAAAGUCCAACACUCACAGUUAGUAUGGAUGAGAAGAAUAGUACAGAAGAAGAAACAGCCUUUGUUGGUGUUCAGCAAAAUACUACAAUAACAAUGACUAUGGAUGAUAUAGAAAUAAACAAACAACAACCUAUAGGAACUGGUGCGUCUGCUAUUGUUUAUAGUGGCAUCUAUCUUCCACUAAAUAAAAGAGUUGCAGUUAAAGUGAUUGAUUUAGAUUUUAUUGGAAGGGAUCGAAUAGAUGCAUUAAGGAGAGAAACGGCUGUGAUGGCAUUAUGUAAACAUCCAAAUGUAUUGCAAGUUUUAGGAACAUUUAUUCAUGGAACAAAAUUAUACAUAAUUACUCCUUUCAUAUCUUUAGGUUCUUGCUUAGAUAUUAUGAAAUUAAAGUAUCCAGAUGGUCUUGAUGAGGUUUAUGUUGCUACUAUUCUAAAACAAGUAUUAGAAGGUCUAGUGUAUAUGCAUAAGAAUGGUCAUAUUCAUAGAGACAUAAAGGCUGGUAAUCUAUUAAUGGAUGAUCAUGGUACAGUCUUAAUCUCUGAUUUUGGUGUAUCUGGCUCAUUAUUAGAAAAGGGUAAAAAAGAUUAUAGGACUACCUUUGUUGGCACACCGUGCUGGAUGGCACCUGAAGUCAUUUCUCAAGAAAAUGGAUAUGAUUCUAAAGCAGAUAUAUGGAGUUUUGGUAUUACAGCUAUCGAACUUUUCACUGGGCAUGCUCCUAAUUCUAAUCUUCCACCUAUGAAAGUACUCAUAGCCACACUCAUGAAUGACCCUCCUACUUUAGAUACAAAAACAACUCUUAAUAAAUUCUCCUUGGCAUUUAAAGAAAUGGUAGAUAGCUGUUUAAAUAAAAUAGGAGUAAAUCGACCUUCUGCAGAAAAAUUACUUAAACAUCCUUUCUUUAAACAAGCUAAAAAGCCUGAAUGGCUUGUUAAAAAUUGGGUAUCAACCAAUUUACCUUCUAUUGAUUCUAGACCACCAAAGAAAAUCAUGGCUCAACAUAAUUUAAAGCCUUCUACUACAUCAAUCCAUGAGGAGGAGGAAUGGAACUUUAAUAAGAAUCAUAAUUCAUCAAAAAGACAUAUUUCAUUUGGUAACGUUGUUGUUCGAAAACCUCCUAUUUAUCAGAAAGGAAUAAAACAUCAUGCAUCAUCAGAAUCAUGGUCCUAUUCACCAGUAUCAAAUAAGCUUAAUAUUCUUGCUGAUACAAACAGCAGCACGGUACAAUUACCCUCUGUACCAUUUUCAUCUUCUCCUAUUAGGAAAGGAAGAGCAUUGAGUGAUGACUUUACAAAUGAUUCUUUACGUAGAAGACAACAAGCAGGAAUACUUUUUCCUACUUUCUUACCUUAUGAUGGUAAUCAUCAUCAUAAAAAGACACCUAGCGUUACAUUCUCUGAAGAAUCACGUAUUUGUGAACAAUUGAAUGGUAAAUUAAUAUAUCGACCUAUCAGCCAAAAUGACCCUAUUCAAAAUAAAAAAUUUAAUGGUAGAGUAAAUAUUCAGAGAUCACCAUCACCACCUUAUCAGUCAGUGCCUUUAUCACGUAAUAAUUCUAAUAAAUCAAUGAGCCCACCUUCAAGUAAAGGAAGCUAUAUAUUAGCAGGAGAAGAACCUAUAAAAAUUGGGAGAUUUGAAUUAAGUCAUAAUUAUAAUGACUCUAUUUCUUCAUCCAAACAACAAAGCAUUACGGAAGCCCUAUCAUCUAAUUCAACCACUCAUUCAAAUAACUCAUCAUUAUCAUCCUCUUAUUCUUACUUGACAAGAAAUAUAAGGCAUUUUUCAAUUGAAACACAACUACAUGAGCUUGUCAAACAAAAUGAACUGCAAAAACAAGCCUUACUAAGUUUGGUUAGUUCAUUAGAACCACGUAUGAUAAAUUCAACUUCACUAAAAGCCCAGCAAGAAAUGAUUGCUUCAAUGGAAUUACAACUACAAGCAUGCCAACGAGAAACACUCUUAUUACAAAGAGAAAACGUAAUUAUGAGAAGACAAAUAGACGAGCUUAAAAAUAGUAGUAAAAAAAUAGUCUAAUAUACAAGUUUCAGAAUAUAUUUUUUUCAUUUUUUUUUAUUUAUAUAAAGAUAUUUCAUUCUUUCCUUCUCUCAAAAGAGAAAGAAAAAAAGAACGAAAUAAAAAGGGGUUUCCUAAAAAUUAGGGUAAACUUCUUUAGCGUCCCGCAUCCACGGAAAUCUUUAGUAAAAGGCGAAAGAUUUAUCCGAUAUGAG